AUGUCUCGGGCUGACAAGAAAAAUCUUUUACUUUUAUUCGAUAAACCCACUGAACCGGUGUUUAUGGAAAAGGGAAAAACGCCCACGGUUUUCGAUGUUCCGGAUAAAUUUCUAACCGAUCGUUAUCGACCAAUUGGUAACGAAGUACAAAGUCGUUUUGGCGAAAGAGCAGAACAACGGGUGCCCGUACGUGAUAUUACAUUGCCGGAUUUACGUAUACCCAUGUCCUUGGCGCGCGAUGAACAAUUUUCUUUGUUUAUACCACGUCAUCGCCGUAUUGCUGGGAGAUUAAUUGACAUUUUUGUCGGCCUGCGGAGUAUUGAGGACUUACAAAGUGUUGCGGUGUAUGCUCGUGAUAGGGUUAAUCCAUUUUUGUUUAAUUAUGCCUUGUCAGUGGCAUUGUUGCAUCGUCCCGAUACUAAGGGUUUGGAUUUACCCUCCUUUGCACAAUCAUUCCCCGAGAAAUAUGUCGAUUCGAAGGUGUUUCGCCAGGCGCGUGAGGAGGCAAGUGUAGUGCCUGAAGGAUCACGUAUGCCUAUUAUUGUUCCUCGCGAUUAUACUGCCUCGGAUUUGGAUCCUGAACAUCGUCUAUGGUAUUUCCGUGAAGAUAUGGGUAUCAAUCUACAUCACUGGCAUUGGCAUUUGGUAUAUCCCUUCGAGGCUGGUGAUCGUAGUAUUGUUGAUAAAGAUCGUCGCGGUGAGCUAUUCUAUUAUAUGCACGAACAAAUUAUGGCCCGUUAUAAUAUGGAACGGUUUAGUAACAACUUGCCUCGGGUGGCAAGAUUUAAUAAUUUUCGUGAACCAAUUUCGGAAGGUUAUUUUCCGAAAAUGGAUUCGUUGGUGGCAAGUCGUUCAUGGCCACCACGUUUUAAUAACAUAAAACUCAGUGAUUUAAAUCGUGAAAGUGAUCAAAUAAAUGUUGAUAUCAACGAUUUGGAAAGAUGGCGUAAUCAAAUUAUGGAGGCAAUUCAUAAGGGCUUUGCUGUGGAUGAAAGUGGCAAUCAACAACGUCUUAACGAACAGGAUGGCAUUAACAUCCUUGGAAACAUGAUUGAAUCAUCGACCAUAUCACCAAAUCGUAAUCUCUAUGGUGAUCUACACAAUAUGGGUCAUGUUCUUAUCUCAUAUGCUCACGAUCCGGAUCAUCGUCAUCUCGAGUCAUUUGGUGUUAUGGGUGACUCUGCUACAGCAAUGCGUGAUCCUGCAUUUUAUAGAUG